CUCGGCAGUAACUCCAGCCCCGCCGGGAGGAGCGUCUGUGGUCCCGGGAGAGCCACAGCAGCAGCAAGAGCAACAGCCCCGUCCGGAGGUUUCUGCUUUUGUCUGCCCCGGCAAGGUGUGCGGUGACCAGCGCCCGCCCCGCGCCCCGGCUCCCCCGCUCCCGCCCGGCUUUGGGGGAUCGCUGGAGACGCUCGUGUUUCUCCACAAACUGUGUUGAUAAGCGACUGUUGAAAAGGGCUGGGAAAAUUACAUCUCAUCUCUGGUGGGGUGAAAUAUGAAACAUGUAAUCUAACGGUUCCUGAAGGAGGGGGGAGAGGGACUUCUCUCCCUCUCUCGCUGUUUUCCUGCUCCGGGUUCCUGGUUGGAUAAUUUGGGUUAAUACUAGUGAGUGAGCCUUUUGCUGCUUCAAAGGGUAUUUCAAGUUGCCGGAGCUCCUCCCCUCCGCACCGUGUGACAACAACAACUCGUCCAGCGAGCGAGCGGCGGCGGCGGCGGCAGCAGCCAGCACUUCCCCGCUCAUUUUCUCUCUGUCAUUCCCCUCUCAAUCUUUGAUCAAUGUACUUGCCAGAGAGAACCGAAGUCCUUCAAACCUCCUCCUUUUCACCUUCGUCUUUAACGUGGUGCUAGAGCAAGGACCACAAAAAGAAACUGCCCUCCCCCUCCCCUCGGCCCCAGCCCCGCCGCCCGGAGCGGACUUCUCCUCCUCCUCCUCCUCCUCCGUCCCCACUUGCGGGACACUUUGUGCGUUCUCUCUCUCACUCUGCCCCCUGCUCUCUCGCUCGCCGCAGCACCUGAUCUGGGGUUAUCCCCCCCUUCUUCUCCCCCCUCCUCCCUUCUCUCCUUUCCUUUUUUUUUUUUUUUAAUAAUUUUUUUUUUAAUUUUACCCCUUUCCCCUGCGUGUGUGUGUGGGAACUUUCCCCCCUCCCCCUGCCCCCUCCGCCGUAUAUGUGACCAUGGCCGUACCGGCUGCUUUGAUCCCUCCGACCCAGCUGGUCCCCCCUCAGCCUCCGGUCUCAACUUCUGCCGCCUGCACCACCACCACCACCACCUCGUCGUCGGCCACCUCGUCGUCGGCCACCUCCUCUCCGUCUCCGUCCAUCGCUCCCCCGCCGGCCGCUUCGGGGACAAACCUAUUCCGGCCGGAGCCCAUCGCAGCGGCGGCGGCGGCAGCGGCGGCCACAGUCACCUCCACCACCAGCGGCGGCGGCGGUAACGGCAGCGGCGGCAGCAGCGGCGGCGGCAGCCCCAGCCUGGGCACCGGCGGCGGCGGCAGCAGCAGCAGCGGCGGCGGCAGCGGCGGCACCUCCACUCCCAAUGCCAGCGCGGCCAGCGCGGCCGGCAGCCUGCCCGGCAAGCCCGUGUACUCGACCCCGUCCCCGGUGGAGAACACCCCCCAGAAUAACGAGUGCAAGAUGGUGGAUCUGAGGGGGGCCAAAGUGGCCUCCUUCACCGUGGAAGGCUGCGAACUCAUCUGCCUGCCCCAGGCUUUCGACCUCUUCCUGAAGCACUUGGUGGGGGGCUUGCACACGGUCUACACCAAGCUGAAGCGGCUCGAGAUCACGCCCGUGGUCUGCAACGUGGAGCAGGUCCGCAUCCUGAGGGGGCUGGGGGCCAUCCAGCCCGGGGUCAACCGCUGCAAACUCAUCUCCAGGAAGGAUUUCGAGACCCUGUACAAUGACUGCACCAACGCCAGUUCUAGACCUGGAAGGCCUCCUAAGAGGACUCAAAGUGUCACCUCCCCAGAGAAUUCUCAUAUCAUGCCACAUUCUGUCCCAGGCCUAAUGUCUCCUGGAAUCAUCCCGCCAACAGGUCUGACAGCAGCAGCUGCAGCAGCAGCAGCUGCCACCAAUGCUGCCAUAGCAGAAGCAAUGAAAGUGAAAAAAAUCAAAUUGGAAGCUAUGUCCAACUAUCAUGCAAAUAAUAACCAGCAUGGAGCAGACUCUGAAAAUGGAGAUCUGAAUUCAAGUGUUGGCAGCAGUGAUGGUUCUUGGGAUAAAGAAAAACUUCAGUCUCCCCCCACCCAAGGAUCACAGGCCUCUGUUAACCACCCCAGCUUGCCUGGACAGCAUAAUGUUCCAGUUAGCCAUCCUCUCAACCCUCUUCAACAGAACCACCUUCUGCCAAAUGGGUUGGAACUUCCUUUUAUGAUGAUGCCCCACCCGCUGAUUCCCGUGAGCCUACCUCCAGCCUCUGUCACGAUGGCAAUGAGCCAGAUGAACCACCUCAGCACCAUCGCCAACAUGGCAGCAGCAGCACAAGUGCAGAGCCCUCCCUCCAGAGUGGAGACAUCUGUUAUUAAGGAACGUGUUCCAGACAGCCCUUCUCCUGCUCCUUCUCUUGAAGAGGGCCGAAGACCUGGCAGCCAUCCAUCCUCUCAUCGAAGCAGCAGCGUGUCCAGUUCUCCUGCACGGACCGAGAGCUCUUCAGACAGAAUCCCAGCUGUCCAUCAGAACGGGCUCUCUAUGAACCAAAUGCUGAUGGGUUUGUCACCUAAUGUCCUGCCUGGACCUAAGGAGGGUGAUCUGGCUGGUCAUGAUGUGGGACAUGAGACAAAAAGAAUACACAUUGAGAAAGAUGAGACCCCGCUCUCCACACCAACCGCAAGAGACAGCCUUGACAAACUUUCUCUAACUGGGCAUGGGCAACCACUACCUCCGGGUUUUCCAUCUCCUUUUCUAUUCCCUGAUGGAUUGUCCUCCAUAGAGACCCUUCUGACUAACAUCCAGGGUCUACUAAAGGUUGCUAUAGAUAAUGCCAGAGCUCAAGAGAAACAAGUCCAGCUGGAAAAAACAGAGCUGAAGAUGGAACUCUUCAGGGAACGAGAACUGAGGGAAACGCUUGAAAAACAGUUGGCUGUGGAGCAGAAGAACAGAGCAAUAAUUCAGAAAAGGCUAAAGAAGGAAAAGAAGGCAAAGAGGAAAUUGCAGGAAGCACUUGAAUUUGAGACUAAACGACGAGAGCAAGCAGAGCAAACACUGAAACAGGCAGCUUCAACAGAUAGUCUCAGGGUCCUAAAUGACUCUCUGACCCCAGAGAUAGAAGCUGACCGCAGCGGGGGCAGAACAGAUGCUGAAAGGACAAUACAAGAUGGAAGACUUUAUUUGAAAACUACUGUCAUGUAUUGAAUUUUUCCUGCUGAAAAUACGUGUGCUACGGUAAAGAACGUUGCAGUAAGACAUUGGCUCAUAAGGAGUUCUGUGGAAACAAAACAUUUUCAAACCAACUUCCUCAACUUCAUUUAUCAAUGUUCUUCAAAAAUGUAAAGAAUUCUACAAGAGUGUCCUCCUUUGGUUAUCUCCUAUGGCUCAACCUGGAGAUCUAGAGAAUGUUUGUAAAUGUACAGUAGCACUGUUCUCACAGCGAAAAUCUGCAUCUCUGCACCGGACUAUUGUAUCCAAAAUUACAGGCGGUCAGAACAAGGCUGAGUAUUCCCUUUUUCAAGGAAUGCAGACUUUCUCCUCCUCUGAUGAUUCUAUAUUUGAGCACAUCCAAUGAUCCUUCCAGCGGUGUCCAAGUACACUUACAGACUGUUACACCAUACCGAAACCAGCAAGACAGCUCAGAAAUGAACUUGUAGAGGGCAUAAGAGGAUUCUUAUUUAAAAAAAAAAAAAAAAAAAAAAAAAAAAAGGAAAAAAAAAAAGGUAAAAGAAGAAAAAAUUGAUACAUUCAGUUUUCAAACAAUGAUCGUGGGUUUUUCUUCUAAAGACAUUUUUCCACAUGCUUUCCAAGAGACCAACACAUAUAUGUAAGACUACAUUAAGUGAAAUGGAAUUUUGUGUAAGUGAAAAGAAAUGCUGAAUGUAAACAAGCUGUUUUACCAUUCACAAAGUCUCUUUUCCUAAAAUAAAAUUUAAAAAAAUAAAAAGAAUAAUAAUUUCUCAUUGUAAACUGGCAGGGGUUUAUGAAAUAAAAGACUUUGCUUCUUAUCAAAAUGUUGGUCACAUGUACAGUAUAUAACACAAAUCACACAAGGAAGGUAUUAUGUAUGCAGUAGAAAUCUAGAGUUUAGGAAAUGAAACUUUUAGAUAAUAUUGUUUUGUCACCCUGUUGGUCAGAAAGACACCUUUCUAGUUUUAACGCAUGCAGGCAUGUAAAUAUUUGUCCUGGAGUCACAGUAUUACUGAAUGAGAUCUUAAGCAUCUGGUAACAAGUCAGAAUUCUGUAUCAGCCACUUUUAUUUGUAUAUUGAGCCCUGGUUAGUGCCCUGACUAGUGCACUUUUAAGAAUGGACUGUGGCUGAGCAGCAAGUCAAAAUGCCAGAAAUAUUUUUAUAUGUUAAUGUCAUAUUACGUCAAUGUUGCUAAAAAAAAGAAAACCUAACAAACACUUGAUGUAUCAGUCCAAUUCCACGUAGAACUGAGUGAUACAGUUAAAGUCUAUUGUCCCUCCCACCUUGUCUUAGGGAUGGAUGGUUAUGUGUUACUUUCACUGUCUUUAUGAAAGCUACAAUAUGUGUUUUCACCUUUGUGCUGAUAACUGGAAGUAAGCUGCAAAACACUGCUUAUUACAUUACUAAAAAUUAUGUUCUUUGCUUUGCAUACUUUUGGGUUACCCCUUUAAAGACUGAUUUUGUGAAUCAGUGCUAUUACUGUAAGUUUUGUGAUUAUGCUUUCUUCAUCUAAUGUUUUAUGCAUAUAAAAUAUUAUUUAUUACACGGAAACAUAUCAAAACCUUAAAUGUCUAACUUAAAGCAAAUAUUUCUUUAAAAGUAGCUCUGAUUGGAUAUUAAUAUUAUUUUGUCCAAAAAAUAAUCUAAUGUUUUGUAAAGUCUAGCACUGAGCUUCUAUAGUUUGUAGGUCUUCCUCGCAAUACUGGUACACAUUUAUUUUGUGCAGUUCAUAUUUACUCCACCACAAUCCUUUUUUAACAAUAGAAAGAUGUAUAUACAAGUUCACAUCACAGUAAUUUUUUAAAGAAAUAUUGAGCAAUAUUUUUCAUUAAAUAUUGUUGUCUAAUACUUUGUAGUGAUGUUGUUUUCUAACCAUGAUUCCUUCAUGAUUGUCAUAGUUGCUUAAACACACAUGGGAUUCUGUACUCCAGUUUUUUCAUAUGCAGUCUUUAAAGGGUUAACAGCUGUAAAGUUAGAUGGACUUGUGGCAAGCUUUUGAAUCAUUCAUAUCUGAAAGAGAAUUAAAAGCCUACAACUGAAAUAUGUACUAGCAUUUACCAUUGCUCUGCUCCUUGCAUAGAGUCACCUGUAAGUAGGUUUAGUAGUUUUACAGUAUAUUCUUUCAAGACCUUUGGGAAUGCCUCAGUGUUUGGCUUGGUACAUAAACAGAAGUGUUAAGGAUUAAAGGGGAACCAAUUUAUGAGCUGGAUGUUUAGAAAGAAUCUUGCUAAAAACAGUGUAAAUAUUACAGACCAUGAGAUGUUACCGUAAGUUGAAGUUUUUUGCCCCUCUUUAGUUUUACAGGUUUUGGGUUGGUAUUUUGGUUUUGGGUUUUGAUUUGGAUUUUUUUUUUUUUUUGCAUAGAUUAUGAAGAAAAGUUGUCCUCAUGUUAUUGUUUAUAUGCUUUUGUAAUCUUAAAGAUAUUAAUGUCUAGUUGUUCUAUAUUAUAACCAUAUUUGCGCUCUAUGCAAGCCCUUGGAACAGAACAUACUCAUCUUCAUGUAGGACCUAUGAAAAUUGUCUAUUUUUAUCUAUAUAUUUAAAGUUUUCUAAAAAUGAAAAAAGGUUAUUACGAAUUUUGUUGUACAAAAUCUGUACAAAAAUCUGUUUUUACAUCAUAAUGCAAGAAUUGGAAAUUUUUCUAUGGUAGCCUAGUUAUUUGAGCCUGGUUUCAAUGUGAGAACCACGUUUACUGUUAUUGUAUUUAAUUUUCUUUUCUUUUCAACAAUCUGCUAAUAAAACUGUCUGAAAUCUCCCUGUGACUUUAUUUACAGCUCAUCUUUAUUAAAUUUUCUGAAAUGUAUAACAUCAGAGGAAUAUUUACUUUCUAAUGGGAGGCAUCUAAAAACAAC